AUGGAGGAGAGUGCACACAUACAACAAACCUCCCUUAAAGACAAUCAUCAAUCAACAUCCCCUGAUCUGUCUUCAUUACAAUCAUUGAAGCUUGAUGAUGACUAUAAUCAACCUCUAUCAGUUGGUGUAUUACCAUCAUCAUUACAAUCAUUGGUGUUUGGUUAUUACUAUAAUCAACCUCUAUCAGUUGGAGUAUUACCAUCAUCAUUACAAUCAUUGGAGUUUGGUGAUAUAGACUAUAAUCAAGCACUAUCAGUUGGAGUAUUACCAUCAUCAUUACAAUCAUUGGUGUUUGGUGCCAACUAUAAUCAACCACUACCAGUUGGAGUAUUACCAGCAUCAUUACAAUCAUUGACAUUUGGUUGGUACUAUAAUCUACCUCUACCAGCUGGAGUAUUACCAUCAUUACAAUCAUUGGUGUUUGGUAUUGAAUAUAAUCAACCUCUAUCAGUUGGAGUAUUACCAACAUCAUUACAAUCAUUGGUGUUUGGAUAUGAAUAUAAUCAAGCACUAUCAGUUGGAGUAUUACCAACAUCAUUACAAUCAUUGGUGUUUGGUUGGAACUAUAAUCAACCACUAUCAGUUGGAGUAUUACCAACAUCAUUACAAUCAUUGGUGUUUAGUAUUGAAUAUAAUCAACCUCUAUCAGUUGGAGUAUUACCAACAUCAUUACAAUCAUUGAAGUUUCGUGGUGAAUAUAAUCAACCACUACCAGUUGGAGUAUUACCAACAUCAUUACAAUCAUUGGUGUUUGGUAAAGAUUGGAGUAUUAGAUAUAAUCAACCUCUAUCAGUUGGAGUAUUACCAUCAUCAUUACAAUCAUUGGUGUUUGGUUGGAACUAUAAUCAACCACUAUCAGUCGGAGUAUUACCAUCAUCAUUACAAUCAUUGGUGUUUGGUGAUGACUAUGAUCAACCUCUAUCAGUUGGAGUAUUACCAUCAUCAUUACAAUCAUUGAGGUUUGGUGAUUACUAUAAUCAACCUCUAUCAGUUGGAGUAUUACCAUCAUCAUUACAAUCAUUGAGGUUUGGUGAUUACUAUAAUCAACCACUACCAGUUGGAGUAUUACCAACAUCAUUACAAUCAUUGGUGUUUGGUAUUAGAUAUAAUCAACCUCUAUCAGUUGGAGUAUUACCAUCAUCAUUACAAUCAUUGAGGUUUGGUGAUUACUAUAAUCAACCUCUAUCAGUUGGAGUAUUACCAUCAUCAUUACAAUCAUUGAAGUUUGGUGAUUACUAUAAUCAACCUCUAUCAGUUGGAGUAUUACCAUCAUCAUUACAAUCAUUGGUGUUUGGUAUUGAAUAUAAUCAACCUCUAUCAGUUGGAGUAUUACCAUCAUCAUUACAAUCAUUGGUGUUUGGUAUUAGAUAUAAUCAACCUCUAUCAGUUGGAGUAUUACCAUCAUCAUUACAAUCAUUGAAGUUUGGUGAUUACUAUAAUCAACCUCUAUCAGUUGGAGUAUUACCAUCAUCAUUACAAUCAUUGGUGUUUGGUAUUGAAUAUAAUCAACCUCUAUCAGUUGGAGUAUUACCAUCAUCAUUACAAUCAUUGGUGUUUGGUAAUAGAUAUAAUCAAGCAAUAUCAGUUGGAGUAUUACCAACAUCAUUACAUACAUUGAAGUUUCGUGGUGAAUAUAAUCAACCACUACUAGUUGGAGUAUUACCAACAUCACUACAAUCAUUGAUAUUUUGUGCCGAUUUGGGAUCAAAUCCCUUAAGAUUGUUUGUUGAUUUCAACCAAUCAAUUAGUGUAGUCAGAAACUUCAUUAAAUUGGGAUCAUAUGGGCUCAUAAAACUUAGUAAGGCAGUCCAUCUAAUACUUUCAGCAACAUCUCCUUCAAAACAACCCAUUGCGAUAUUAAACAACAAUAAUCAGCAAAUAACUUUCAACUCAAAUCCCAACUGUAUUAGCUUUGACUCCACCCAAAUAUAUGCAUAUCCCAUCACAGAUUUCAUCGAUUCUAAAGGUGUACAAGCAUAUCCUAUCACCAAUUUUAUUUCAGUCAACAACAAGAAAUAUUUCAAAUUGCACACUUUCCCAUACUCUGCCAACCAAGUAAUUUUGGUGAUGUGCGAAUCCUCAAGUGAAUUGUAUGUUUACAAAGAAAUAGAUUACUCUAAUAAUCCAAAGAUCUAUGAUCAAGUACAAUUUGAAAUCACGACAAUGAAGCUAUUCAUCGGUGACGAUAUGUUUGUUCAAUACAAAGAUCACCAAGAUGAUACUCAUUCAAAAAAGAUAUACCUUUUAACCCAUUUCUGUGAAGGUGGUGAUUUAGAACAAUUAUUUCAAUCAAUCUAUAAAUGGAAUGAAUCAAAAAAAGAAUAUAAGCCAUAUACAGAAUAUAAAUAUAUUUCCGAAUCAGAUAUAUGGCGACAUAUUCAAAGAUUAUUUCAAAUACUUGAAAAACUAUCUCUUCACAAUCUUGCACACCUUGAUAUCAAACCACUCAAUCUAUUUAUUGGACAUGACGGUCAAAUAGUCCUUGGCGAUUUUGGUUGCUGUCACUAUUUCAACAAACAAAAUCAAUCAGCUCCACACCCCCCGACUUUAAAUCCCACCUCAGAAAAUCAAGAUAAUAGCGGUACUGUCGACCAAACAGCACAAUACAUAAGUAUGAUAGCUGCAACACUUGCUUCUCGUGGAACACAUGGAUAUUACUCGCCUGAAUCAAAACAAAAGAUUUAUUACGCUUCAAAUGAUAUAUAUUCAGUUGGAUCAACCCUUUUCCAUUUACUUUCAUGUCAUCCAGAUGAUAUCGAGAAAAGGAGAGAAUUUAUCAAGAACCACAAAAAUAACAGCUUUGAUGCCGAUCAUAUUAAAAUAUCAACAGAUAGAUACUCUCCAAAUUUAAUUAAUUUUGUCAAGAAUCUAUUAACCGCAACACCUCAAGAUCGUCUUUCAUUGGAUGAUUUGAAAGGACAAAUAAUCAAUGAACACACACAGAGAAUCACAUCAUUUUUCAUCAAUCAACAACAAAUUCUAUCAAACACAACAACAUUAAUAUUGGAUGGUGAGUUUAACAGUCUUCUCAAAGGAUUACCUCCAAAAAAACUUUUAAAAUUAUCAUUAUUGGGAAAAUUUGACCAACCAAUUGGAUGGAGUGACAUUCCUGAUAGUGUUGAAACAUUAAUAUUUGGAUCAUCAUUUAAUAGUGAAAUUAAAUCAUUUCCAAUGACAUUAAAAAUUUUGGUACUUGGUAAAUCAUUCAACAGAACAUUGCCUAUACCUCAAUUAGCUCCCACCAUCCACAUAACCAGAGACAGAGAAUUUAGCAAAUAUGGCCAUUUUAUUAGCCACCAACUCCAUAACAUUUGGCUAAUACCAAAAGUAUUUAAGGAUUGGACACCAGAUCAAAUGAAGAGUGUCAAUAUCUACCGCUGCAAUGAUUCUGAUCAGGUAACCAUCAGUUCAUUUAUAAAAACCAACGUUAGGGAGUCAAAUUUAAUGUUGACAAUUGGUGACAAAUGUUAUGGAGUUGGUGAAGUCGAGAGGAAUAAUAAUAUGCUGGUGUGGAAGUUUGCUGAUACCAAAUUAUCUAUCAAUCUAGAAGAUGUCAAAGUAAUAUCGCAUGUUCGCGCAUCAACACAUCCACAUUUAUUUUGUCAAAUCGACAAACUCAAAUUCGAAGAAAUCAACCCACAGUUUGGAGACUGCCAACCAGAAUCGGAAUUUCCUGUCAAGGGAAUGAAGAAAUUAUUUGAAUUGGAUGAAGACAAUAUCCAUCAAGAGUUUGAACAUAAUCAUCAAUAUCUAAAUAUUAGAUUGAUUUACAUCAAACCAUCUACACUAUCAAACUUGAAAUGGAUGUUCAAUUAUGGAUGGGAUUUGAUUUUCACACCAAAUUGA